CUCAAAUUCUCUCAUCACAUUUUCAUUUAUGCCUCCAUAUCUUCCGCCUAUCUAUCGGAUCCCGCUAGCAACGUACCUGAUCAAUCGUGAUGGGUUUUCAGCAAAAAUUCACGAUCCUUCUCUUUUGGCCUCUUUUGAUAACUCAAACCAUUUCCAGCUAUUCAUCUAGCGAUGUGAAAUCAUGGUGCAGCACCAUGCCUUACCCACAACCAUGUGAGUACUUCUUGACCCACCUCCCUCAGCAAACCCCUCUCAAGCAGAAAUCUCAUUUCCUCAUGGCCUCAACGCGAGUCGCCCUCGAGAGAGCCCAGCUCGCCCAAAUGAAGUCGUACUCACUAGGCUCCAUGUGCCGCAAUGAGCGCGAAAAGGCCGCAUGGACUGAUUGCCUGCGGCUUUAUGAGCACAUAGUCCAUCACUUGAACCGGACCAUCCAUCGCCAGUGCACUCAGGAUGAUGUGCAGACUUGGCUAAGCACUGCGUUGACCAACCUUGAGACCUGUCGGGCUGGGUUUGUCGAGCUCGGCAUCUUGGACAACGUAUUGCCCUUGAUGUCGAAUAACAUUUCCAAGUUGAUAAGCAAUGCUUUGUCUGCAAACCAUGAACCCUAUGCUAUGCCGAACUACACUCGUGAGUUCCCUACUUGGCUGAGGCCUGGCAAUAGAAAGCUCUUGCGGUCUUUGUCCGCAUCGUCUAUGGCCAAUAUUGUGGUGGCCCAUGAUGGUUCGGGGAAUUACAAGACAAUUAGUGAAGCUGUAAUUGCAGCAUCGGAGCGGUCUGGCAUGGCUAGAUGCAUAAUCUAUAUCAAGGCUGGUACGUAUGAAGAAAAUAUUGAAGUUGGAUCAAAAUUGGAGAACAUUGUGUUCGUAGGUGAUGGUAUUGGAAUGACCAUAAUUACCGGAAGCAGAAGUGUUGGUGAAGGAUUUACUACCUUCAAUUCAGCAACUGUUGCUGUUGAUGGUGAUGGAUUCAUUGCCCAAGACAUCACUUUUCGUAACACUGCGGGUGCGGCGAAUGGCCAAGCAGUUGCUCUGCGUUCCAGCUCCGACCUCUCAGUCUUCUAUCAAUGUAGCUUUGAGGGCUAUCAAGACACCCUUUUUGUUCAUUCUGAGCGACAAUUCUACAAAGAGUGCGACAUUUAUGGCACCAUUGACUUCAUCUUUGGAAAUGCAGCCGUUGUUUUUCAGAAUUGUAACAUCUAUGCUAGAAACCCUCCUAACAAAGUCAAUAUCAUCACUGCACAAGGCCGGACUGACCCCAACCAAAACACUGGCAUCUCCAUCCACAAUUGCAAAGUAACUGCAGCUUCAGACUUACUAUCGGUUCAAAGCUUCGCGAAGACGUACCUCGGGAGGCCGUGGCAAGAAUAUUCAAGAACUGUUUUCAUGACCACUUACCUUGAUAGCCUAAUUGACUCAGCUGGCUGGUUGGAGUGGGAUGGUGACUUUGCUCUUAGUACUCUGUACUAUGGAGAGUACAUGAACAUAGGCCCUGGGUCAUCGACCACAAAUAGAGUCACAUGGGCAGGUUAUCAUGUCAUCACCAGCACGAUAGAGGCUUCAAAGUUCACCAUCGGGAACUUCAUUCCUGGUGGCUCCUGGUUGUUCGCCACUGGCAUUCCAUACACCUCUGGCAGUGAUGACAUGCCUUACGCUUCUUGGGGUUACGAUGUGCCUUACACCUCAAGGGGUCACAAACUGUUCAUCAAUUUCAUUGGGGCAUACAACGGUUAUUUGCUUUUGCUUUUUGGUGUGGCUGAAGAAAUAAAGAAAGAAAAGGUCCUGAAGUGGGAACGUCCAGACACAUCCUCCAACUCUCAAACAUACAGGUGCACGGUACAAAAGAGACGCGAGAAAAAACAAGUUAUCGGAACUCCUACGGCUGCUUGUGGUCCUCCGCCGUUGCCGCGUUCACCCUCACGCCUGCCCCGCCAUGCAGCAGUUUCCAUUGCUGUGCCUCACAAACCGUGCUCUUGCUGCCCUGGCGAGUGCUGCCAACACCACCGCCACUUCAAGCUCAACACCGGUUUUCUAACGAACCCAACUGGUCGCCGCAAUGUCCAGCCACCACCUGAGAAGCUUUCCUGCGACAGCCCCACUUUCCCGACAUUCCUGAAGUCCUUCAGCGUCUUAGCACACCCCAGCAGCGUAGACGAGCCUCGGUCGCGAGAGGUCAGUCUCCGUGGCCCUUCAUUGCACUCUCGACAAGCAACCGGCAAUUACAGCAAGUUCCUGCUGGCCGGCCAGCAGGAACUGAAAAGAAAGUUUUACGCGUGGCGCCUUAAGCAGGAGAUGGCAAUGGAUCGCAUCUCCUUGGAUAAUGAUUGUCUUUAG